UGGUAUUCGACAUCCAAAAUUUAUUUUCACCGGAAAAGAAAGAGAAAAGAGCAACACACAGAACCAGGGGCGACUUACCUCCAAGAACACAUCCAUGGCCAGAAGCUUCUUUCUUGUGCUAUUUGCAGUAGCCACCCUGCUUCAUGGCUCCGCCGCACAGACCAGACACGUCGUGGGUGAUUCCAUCGGCUGGACCAUCCCUUCCGGUGGUGCUGCAACCUACACCGCCUGGGCUUCCGGCAAAACCUUCGUCGUUGGUGACACUCUUGUGUUUAACUUUACCAAUGGCCAACACGACGUGGCUAAGGUGACGAAAUCAGCUUACGACGCAUGCAACGGUGCGAGCACCAUCUUCACCCUUACCUCCGGUCCAGCGACGGUGACGCUGAACGAGACAGGGGAACAGCAUUACAUUUGCACCUUUGGAUCACACUGUUCCCUCGGUCAGAAAUUGUCAAUUAACGUUGUUAACAGAGCUUCUGCCACUCCUUCCCCUGCCCCUCAACCCAGUAGGAGUGGUUCUCCACCCACGGCUAGCCCUGUCCCCGCACCGACCACGGUGCCAGCACCGGCACCGGCACCGGCAUCAAGCACUGUCCCAGCCCCUGCUCCAGGCCCAUCCACCGGACCAGUCACUUUCACUGUUGGAGACAGCUUAGGCUGGACCAUUCCUACUAACGGUGCUGCAGCUUACACAUCAUGGGCCUCUGGCAAGACCUUCAGGGUCGGAGACAUACUAGUGUUCAACUACCAAUCUAACGCACACAACGUAGAGGAAUUGACAAAGGAAAAUUACGAUUCUUGCAACUCAACCUCUCCUCUUGCCGUUUACACCACUCCACCUGCGAGAGUUACCCUCAACAAAACCGGUCCUCACUACUUCAUAUGUGGAGUUACAGGGCACUGUCAAGGAGGUCAGAAACUCGCCAUCAACGUCACGGGCACCGGCAGCAGCGGCACCUCGCCUUCCCCCGUCGCCACCCCUCCUUCCGGCACCACCUCUCCUUCCACCAACCCUUCCACCCCUUCUCCCUCAGGCUCUCUCGCCCCUCCCCCACAGAACUCUGGAGCUGCAUCUCUCGGACUUGUUGGAGUUUCUGCCACCCUUCUUUCAAUUGCCGCGGCUUUCUUCUAGAGACAUGAGAUUAUAGUUAGAGUGUUUGGAACUCGCGAUUAUUACGGUUCUGUGUUUCAUGAAUUCACUUUUUUUAUAUAUUUUUUUAGGAUUACAAUAAAGUUAGCUCUCCCUUCAUCCGCUACAGUUUUGUUUUUUUCUUUCUUGUUUCUUGUACUAUUGGUUGCUACUGCAUAUAUCUGGAAAUUGAAAUCGGAGAUUCAUAAAUAUAUUUCUUUGAAUGUUUACCACGUA